UCUCACAAGAAAUAUAUACAAACAUCUAUCUAAUUUAUAACUUCUUUUUGUUUCAAAAAAAAACAAAAGCAGAAACAAAGAGCAAGAUGCCUGCAAUGCUAACAGAUGUGUUUAGAGGCCAUCCCAUUCACCUCCCACACUCUCAUCACCAACCUGACUUCACAUCCCUCCGUGAGCUCCCGGAUUCUUACUCGUGGACCCCCAAAGACGAUAUCCUCUUUGCUGCUGCUGCUGCUCCUUCUCCUCCGACCGCGGUUGAUGAAACCAUCCCUUUCAUCGAUCUGGACCAUCCUGACGCGGCCAACCAAAUCGGUCAUGCAUGUCGAACUUGGGGAGCCUUCCAGAUCGCCAACCACGGCGUGCCUUUGAGACUUCUGCAAGACAUUGAGUUUCUCACCGGUAGCCUCUUCGGGCUACCCGUCCAACGCAAGCUAAAGGCUGCUCGGUCUGAGACAGGUGUCUCCGGCUAUGGCGUCGCUCGUAUCGCAUCUUUCUUUAACAAACAAAUGUGGUCCGAAGGUUUCACCAUCACUGGUUCCCCUCUCAACGAUUUCCGUAAACUUUGGCCCCAACUUCACCUCAACUACUGCGACAUCGUUGAAGAGUACGAGGAACGAAUGAAAAAGUUGGCAUCCAAAUUGAUGUGGUUAGCGCUAAGUUCGCUUGGGGUCAGCGAAGAAGACGUUCAAUGGGCCAGUCUCAAUUCAGAUUCAAACUGGGCCCAAGCUGCUCUCCAGCUAAAUCACUACCCGGUCUGUCCUCAACCUGACCGAGCUAUGGGUCUAGCCGCUCAUACUGACUCCACCCUCCUAACCAUUCUGUACCAGAACAAUACCGCCGGUCUACAAGUUUUUCGCGAUGAUCUUGGCUGGGUCACCGUGCCGCCGGUUCCCGGCUCGCUCGUGGUCAACGUCGGGGACCUCUUCCACAUCUUAUCCAACGGAUUGUUUAAAAGCGUGCUGCACCGCGCUCGGGUCAACCAAACCAGAGCCCGGUUAUCAGUAGCUUUCCUUUGGGGUCCGCAAUCUGAUAUCAAGAUAUCACCUGUACCGAAGCUGGUUAGUCCGGUUGACACGCCUCUAUACCGAUCGGUCACAUGGACAGAGUAUCUUCAAACAAAAGCUACUCACUUCAAUAAAGCUCUUUCAAUGAUUAGAAAUCACAAAGAGGAAUGACGCACUAGUUGAGAUUAAUCUCGAUCGGCCUAGUUAUAUAUUUUGAUUAAUAAACUUGUUGUAAAUUAAUAUUCCAGUGAUAAUAGUAUCAUUGUUUGUCCUCAAUCGUAUCUGUUACACAUAGAUAACAAUUUACGAGGAAAAACACACAUCUAGCACUUUCCCGAAUCGUCCCAUGACAUGUUGCCACUAAUGAGAAUCUCAUUAUAAUA